AUGGUGUCGGGUUCCGGGAUCUGCGUGAAGAGAGUGGUGGUGGACGCCAGGCACCACAUGCUGGGCCGCCUGGCCUCCGUCCUGGCCAAGGAACUCCUGAAUGGGCAGAAAGUUGUGGUCGUUAGAUGCGAAGAGAUUUGCAUCUCCGGUGGGCUCGUGAGGCAGAAGAUGAAAUACAUGAGGUUCUUGAGGAAGAGAAUGAACACUAAGCCUUCUCAUGGUCCUAUUCACUUCAGGGCUCCGGCUAAGAUCCUUUGGCGCACCAUUCGUGGAAUGAUUCCUCACAAGACCAAACGUGGAGCUGCUGCCCUUGCUCGGUUUAAGGCUUAUGAGGGAGUUCCACCUCCUUAUGAUAAGAUGAAGAGGAUGGUCAUCCCUGAUGCUCUCAAGGUUUUGAGGCUUCAAAAGGGACACAAGUAUUGCUUAUUGGGCAGACUCUCAUCAGAAGUUGGAUGGAACCACUAUGACACCAUUAAGGAGCUUGAGAGGAAGAGAAAGGAGAGGGCUCAGGUAGCAUAUGAGAGGAAGAAGCAAUUGAACAAACUGAGGGUCAAAGCAGAGAAGGUUGCUGAGGAGAAGCUUGGUCCCCAGUUAGAGAUCAUUGCUCCAAUCAAGUAUUGAUAAUUGAUAACAAUCAUUGUUUUUGAAAUGUCAUAUCUGAGAAUGAGUUUGUUGCCGUAAUAUUUUUUCGUUUAGUUUGAUACUUUGUGGGGUUAUAGUUUCAUUGUGGUAGUUUUGAGGUAGAUACUAUGAUAUGUAUGCAACGUGCUUGUUCAAAUUAGUUAUUUAUUGUUAUCAAAUUUCUCGAUUUCCUGACUUA